AUGAGGGAUGAGGAGAGAGCGUCGCUGGACACAAAGCAGGUGGAUGUCGACAAAGCAGGAUUGGAGUCAGACGCUGAGAAGCGGUCAAGAGUCGGAGGUCUGCGUGGUGUGAUGAGCUUCCUGGAGCAACGGGGAGAGAUCGAGUUGCGAGGCGCGGCACCCGUUCCCUACGAUGAACGAACAGAGACGAGGUAUUCCCGGAUCUUCACGCUGUGGUUCUGCAUGAGCUGUAAUCCCCUGCCCGUAACCUUCGGCAUGGUAGGCCCCCAAUCCUUCGCCCUCAGCCUGCGCUCCUCCGCCCUAAUAAUCCUCUUCUUCACCCUCAUCUCCACAGCUCCCGUCGCCUACCUCUGCACCUGGGGCCCGCAGACGGGAAUGCGCCAACUCGUAUCCGCGCGCUUCACCUACGGAAAACACUUCAUCUCGCUCAUCGUGCUCCUAAACCUCGCAACCCUAACCGGCUUCUGCAUCGUCGACGCCAUCAUCGGCGGGCAAGCCCUCUCCGCCGUAACAACCGGCCGCACAAUCUCCGCCACCGUCGGAAUCGUCAUAAUCUCCGCCCUCGCCCUGCUCAUAUCUUUCUGCGGCUUCCGCGUCCUGCACGUCUACGAGCGCUGGGCGUGGAUCCCCGCCCUCCUCGCGCUGCUAAUCGCCACGGGCUGCGGCGCAUCGGGCCUACACCGCCAAACCGCCGUGGAACCCGCCACCGCGCCCCAGAUCCUCAGCUUCGGCGCCCUGGUGGCGAGCUUCAUGCUCCCCUGGGCCGCCCUCGCCAGCGAUUUCUCAACAUACAUGGCCCCCGCCGCACCACGCGCCCGCAUCUUCACAUACACGUACGCAGGCCUCGCGCUGCCGACCAUCCUGCUCAUGACCCUCGGCGCGGCGAUGGGCGGCGCCGUGCCAAAUACACCGACCUGGCAGGCCGGAUACGAUAGCAACGCAGCAAGCGGCGUGCUAGCCGCUAUGCUACAUCCCGCAGGCGGAUUCGGUCGCUUCGUCACGGUAGUCCUGGGGUUCAGCAUGCUGGGCAACCUCGCGGCGACAAUGUACAGCGUAACCCUCAACCUACAAAUGUUCCUCCCCGUCUUAUUCCGCGUCCCAAGAGUGCUGUUCAGCAUCCCGCUCACGGGCGUGGUAAUCGGUGUCGCUAUCGAAGCAGCGGCUAGCUUCUUCCCCGCGCUGGAGAACUUUCUCGGCUUGAUUGGGUAUUGGAGCGCGGUGUUUAUUGGCGUUGUUAUCACGGAGCAUAUCGUUUUCCGCGGGCGCAGGGUGGCGGCGUAUACGGAUGAUGAGGCGGCGUGGGACGAUGCGGGGAAAUUGCCGCCUGGGUUUGCGGCUAUGGCGGCGAGUGUGCUGUGCUUUGGGCUGGUGGUGCCGGGGAUGGCGCAGAUUUGGUAUGUGGGGCCGAUUGCGAGGGUUACGGGUGAUGUUGGGUUUGAGGCUGGGUUUGUGUUGGCUGCGGGGUUGUAUGUGCCGUUGCGGUGGUGGGAGAGGAGGGUUUGGGGACGGUGA